AUGCCUCUUGAAAGGAAAGAGUCUGCUAUGCCGAGUCCGGCAUCCAAAGGCAAAAAAGCACCACAGAAUGAGGAAGAUAUUCCGUGGAUAUCGCUACAAGAUGUGACCGUGUCAAACAUACCCCCUGUGCUCACUAGGGACGGCAGCUAUCUGUUUAUUGUCCAGGAUACAACUGUGCUCAUUGUAUCUCGUUUGACAAAUCGAAUUGUUGCGCGACUCUCAGAUACUUCCAUGGCAGAAGAAAACAGGCAUGUGCGACCAAUCACGGGCAUGAUGCUGAGUCUGUCCAAUCCGCUACAACUCAUUACUUGCUCGCUCGAUGGUACCAUCAAGGUUUGGGACUACUUGGAAUCGACAUUGCAUGAUAAUGUGCAUGUGGGACAUCCUAUUGUCAGAAUGUGUGCCAGUUCACACUGGAAAAAUCGACUGUUCAUUGCAGUCUGCAAGCAUGCUAACGAACAGGCUGGACCAUCGUCUGGUCCCAGGACGAAAGAAGCUUCCAGUACCAUGUACUCGGUCCAGAUGAGUCGCGGUGUGCCUCAUGCACACAAACCCCAAAAAAUUGUUCGUCUGGGUAAGACGCGCCCUGUGUCGCACCUCAUCCUAUCUCCCGAUGGUCGGUGGCUUGUGGCCACGAGUCAGGCGAAACUGCAUGUACUCGAUUUGAAUGACACUAGCGCGGGCUUUACCAAGUUUGCCACAGAAAGCCAUAUAACGUCUCUUACUUUCCACCCUCACACUGAUCCUGUGCGCUUUGCCACCGGUGAAACGAAUGGCAAAAUUAAAAUAUGGCACUGCUUGGAGCAAAGCAACCGCCCUGCACCCGUUGAAUCAAGUGGUUGGGAGCCCGUUUCACUAACCACUGUACUGCACUGGCAUGCACAUGCUGUAUCGGCUCUGCAGUUUACACCGGACGGUGCACAACUCCUGUCUGGUGGCGAGGAAGGUGUGCUUGUUCUGUGGAAGAUGCACAGUGGCACAGCCGCCGGGAGUGACGGGCGUGAAUUUGUACCGCGGCUUGGUGCUCCGAUUGUGUCACUAGCCGUGGCAUCUGGGUACGAAAAUACCGAGCAAGAAUACGUGGCGCGUCUCGCUGACGGCAGCGCUGUGUUCGUUGCGAGUCUCAGCCUAAAGCCGACGCGUGUUUUUUCUACGAUCAAGUGUGAUGCCAUGCGUGCUAUUGCCCCGGAGAACACUCACGCCAAUGUGUCGCCACAGCCGUUGGCCGCAGAUCUGGCCGCUGGACACUUGGUCCUACUAUCGGGUCAUCCAUCAACCGUGCAGUUUGUCGAUAUGGCGACUCAGUCACAUGUCCAUGACAUGGAAAUUGCGCCCUCAAACCGUGUAUCGCGACCCGAUGAAGCUAUUUUGACUCCUAUCACUGUGUGCAACGUGGUAUUUUCUGCCCCGCUUCGUGAUGCCAUGCAUGCUGAAUGGAUGGCGACGAUUGAUGGCCGGGAGGGCGGCUCGUUCACGACAGAGCUCUCGCUGAAAUUGUGGCAAUGGGAAUCUCGGUCUAAGACCUAUGUUCUCAAUACUCGCAUUGAUCAUCCGCACAAUAAGGGUGUGACAUGUGUACGUUUUUCGCCCUGCUUGUCCGAAGACCCCCUGAAUGCCUUUUUGUUGGCGACGACAGGAGGUGAUGGGCAGGUCAAGACCUGGCGUAUAGCUUCGCGCUCUCUUAAAGGUGCCCGCACCGAACAUUUUUGGCUUUGUCGCUCAUCGUUUUCGUACCGUGAGAGCUUGCCGCACCAUGUUGCUUGGGCUCCGGAUGGCUCACUCCUUGCUGUGGCACAGGGUCUGUUUGUGACAUUGUGGGAUCCCCAGACGCUCGUUAUGCAGGCACGUCUCGCGACGCCUGAAUUGAAGGAUGUACAUACAUGUGACUUUUGCGGCCGUAAAGGCCGGUAUCUUGCUGCCAUGGGAUCGCCAUCGCGUUUGGUCAUAUGGGACCUCGUGUCGCAGUCUGUUGUGUGGUCCGUGUCGGAUACCUUUUAUGCUCAAACUGUCUAUGGCGAUGGUAUUUUGUCUCUGCGUUCCACGAACCAAGGAUCUGCCUUGGAUUAUGUACGCCCAGACAAACCUGGUGUCGAACGAAGCUAUCGUGUCCCAUUUCAACUGGACGGAGCACCCAUCAAUGUGUCACGCACAAAGGAGCUGGAUGAUAUUUGCUUGUUUGGCAUGCGACGACAAUCUUCCUCCGCCUCGUUGGUGGGCAUCGGUUCCGCCAUCAUGUCUCAUGUCGCGCGUGCGAAUGUCUCGACAUCACUGCACAGCGUGUCGAUGAAUGAUGCACGAGCGACGCUCUUUGACGAACUCUUUGGCGUGGCUGACGCGGAGCAGCAACGCGUGUCGGAAGCCAUGGAGUCAGAUGCACAAUACUUGCAAAAGACCAUGUCAACGUCAGAUACCUCAUCCGCCACGGCUGCGAUGGAAUUGUUUGCUGUGCCACCGCAUCUUCUGCCAGCCAUGUCCACUCUGCUCGAUCCAUAUGUUGAUGCAAUUCUUCCUCCCAGUGUCCUGUCCAAGUCUGCCAAGGCGGCAGACAUGUCGGCUUUGCCUGACGCAGAGGCAGCGAUGGCAGAGCAAAUGACACCACCACGCCUGGAUGCCGUGGAUCAUGUCGCCCAAGCUCGCGAUGCUGAUAUCAGUCAUUUGACAGCCGUGUUCGACAAGCUGAUGACAGAAGCUGUGGCCUCAACGGCUUCGUCCACGCGACUCCCAUCUUUGUCUCGUGGCUCCAAAGGCAAGCGACGCUCCUUGCGCUCAUCGUCCUCAUAG